AUGACGGACAGUGGGCGAGCCUUCUCAUGCCGGCCAUGGAAAGGAAACAGGAACUUUCGAGAACUACCGAAAAUCAGUCUCUUCAGAGAGCCCGAUGUCUGGGUCGAGCCUUCCAAAACUUCAGGGACAAAAGGUUUGGAGUCCUCGGUUGGAGACCGCAGCAAAAUCAUUCGCGUCAAGCACAAGGAACAAAAGUUUGAAGCGGCUCUGAUGUCAAGCACCCCACAGGAUUCCUUCGCUUCCGGGGGAUCGACGAACGACAGACCGUACCAGACUUUCCCCCGAAAAGGAUGGAAGGCUGCAAAACUCUACGAGAAGCCUUCCAUUUCCGGCGAUGGCAACGGCGUUCGAGACCAUCUGGGACCAGGACACUCCACCAACCCCAGAAUCAUUGGCUAG